CGACCUCUAGUAUCUCAGCUCAUUUCGAGUUUGUUGUUCGCUUCGCUUCUCCCCUGCUGUGGCUCGACGAUCUCCCUUGUUGAUGGAUUUCCUUUUUAUCGGAAAUCUGAAUCAAAGCUGCUUUUUCACCGUCUUCUCCGUUGUUCUUCGCUUAUCUUGAUCCAAUUAAUUUAUAUAAAUUCAGGGAUUUCUCUUUUGAAAAAAAACUUAUACAAGCUACAUUGAGAUGCUGGCUGCUGGUUUGAGAUCAUCGACUCUUUUCAUCGUCUGAAGCUCGGUUUUCCCGCUAGUUAUAUCCGAAGAAUUUAGGGGUUUGCACCCCACUUCGAUCUGGAACCCUCUGUUUCUAGCUACAUUUAGCGGCAAAUUUUGCCACUCCCACCUACUUCUCUUUAAUUCUUAAUUUUCUUGUUAUUGUCUCCUUGUAGUGGGAUAAUUAGGGUUUUUCCUUCUCCAUUUCCGAUUUGGAAGCAUCUUGUUUCAGCUGGGCAAUUAGUUGCGCCAUCUCUUUCUCGCAACAUAUGAUCUUUGAUUACUGUACCUGCAAGAUUAGGUCUUCUGCUUUCUUUAGAUCUCAGACUCAGUGACUUUUCGCUGAUACACAUUCCUAUCAAUCUCAGUAUCUCUGUUUUUAACUUAAUCUGUUGCAAAGUCGGGAUUUCUCUUGUCUACUUUUUGUUCUUAAUUACGAACGAUCUGAAGAUUCUAGCUUCUUACUGGUUCUUAUUCAAUCUCGAUUCCUUGAAUUUGUAAUAUGUGUUAUUUUAUUUCCGACUUUGCAAUAUUUUGAGGACUUUGAGCUUUGCUUGCUAAGAUGCAGCCUGAUCAGCGAAAGAAGGCAUCUGUUGAAGUAGAUUUUUUUACAGAGUAUGGUGAGGGGAGCAGAUACAGAAUAGAAGAAGUAAUAGGUAAAGGGAGCUAUGGUGUUGUUUGCUCUGCAUAUGAUACAUAUACUGGGGAGAAAGUUGCAAUUAAGAAAAUCAAUGAUAUCUUUGAGCAUGUCUCUGAUGCUACACGCAUACUUCGUGAGAUUAAGCUUCUUAGACUCCUACGUCAUCCCGAUAUUGUGGAAAUCAAGCACAUCCUGUUGCCUCCUUCAAGAAGAGAGUUCAAGGACAUAUAUGUUGUUUUUGAGCUGAUGGAAUCUGAUCUGCACCAGGUUAUUAAAGCAAAUGAUGAUUUGACACCAGAACAUUAUCAGUUCUUUCUUUAUCAGCUUCUUCGAGGCUUGAAAUACAUACACACAGCAAAUGUCUUUCACCGAGAUUUAAAACCUAAAAACAUCUUAGCAAAUGCUGACUGCAAACUUAAGAUUUGUGAUUUUGGUCUUGCAAGAGUUGCCUUCAAUGAUACUCCCACUGCCAUAUUUUGGACAGACUAUGUUGCAACAAGAUGGUAUAGGGCUCCAGAAUUGUGUGGAUCAUUUUUCUCAAAGUAUACACCAGCAAUAGAUAUUUGGAGCAUUGGAUGCAUCUUCUCUGAAAUUUUAACAGGAAAGCCUCUCUUUCCUGGAAAGAAUGUAGUUCACCAGUUGGACUUGAUGACUGAUCUAUUAGGAACACCUUCUGCUGAAGCUAUUGCAAGGGUACGUAAUGAGAAGGCCCGCAGAUAUUUAAGUAGCAUGCGCAAGAAAAAGCCUAUACCUUUCUCCCAAAAAUUCCCAAAUGCAGAUCCCCUUGCUCUUCGUUUAUUGGAAAGGAUGUUAGCAUUUGAACCAAAGGACCGACCUACCGCUGAGGAGGCUUUGGCAGAUCCCUAUUUUAGGGGCUUGGCCAAGGUCGAGAGGGAACCUUCUGCUCAACCAGUAACUAAGAUGGAGUUUGAGUUUGAGAGGAGGAGGAUAACAAAGGAGGAUGUACGGGAGCUCAUUUACAGGGAGAUUCUUGAAUACCAUCCAAAGAUGUUGAAAGAGUUUUUGGAGGGAACAGAAUCAACUGGCUUUAUGUAUCCAAGUGCUGUUGAACAAUUUAAGAAGCAGUUUGCAUACCUUGAGGAGCAUUAUGGAAAUGGUGCAGCAGUUGCUCCCCCUGAGAGGCAACAUGCAUCAUUACCCAGACCAUGUGUAUUGUACUCAAACAACACAGCACACAGUUCAUCAGAAGUCACUGAUGAUCUCUCCAAAUGUUGCAUUAAGGAGAUUGAGAAGCCACAACCAGACAGGGGUUUUGGUAUUCCUACAACUAAGGUUCCCCUCCAAGUACCUCAGAGACUCCAAGGUACAACUGCAAAGCCUGGGAAGGUUGUGGGCUCAGUAUUGCAUUAUAAUAACUGUGGAACAGCAGCAACAGAAGCUCUUGAACAGCGAAGGAUAGUCAGAAACCCUGCUGUCUCAAGUCAGUAUGCUCCCGGAUGUUCAUAUCCAAGAAGGAACCCCAGCUGUAAAAACGAGAGUGGAGAAGGUGAGGGGCUUGAAGGAUCAAACUCCGUGCAGCCAAAACCUCAGUUCAUUGCAAGAAAAGUUGCUGCAGCUCAGGGUGGACCUGGGGGUCACUGGUACUGAUACCACGAAGGGUCUUCACUCUUCAGUGGUUAUAAAAAAUACGUUUAUUACUCAACAUUGAGAGUAAAUCAGAUUACCACCAUGCAUAUUCCUUGUCCAUCAGUUACCGUUGUCAAUUUGAACUUCCUAGAGAUGGAAUGGAGUUUUCCAUGAAUUCAAUUGGUCAUAUCUCAGCAGCAGAGCUUGAAUGGUGUUGACUAUCCUCCCUGACCGUUGGGUAGUAGAAAUGGGGGUUGUUAGUUUAGUCGGGUUACAUUUCUAAUGUGAAGUAGAUAAGAGGUAUGGGUGGAUAGGCCACGGCCUUGUUAAUGUGAAAGGCAAAGGAUAGAUUUAAAGUUCAUAACGGAGGAUAAAGGAAGGGAGAAGAUCUAUUGUUAUAGGAUAAAUCUAUGACGCUGGAAAGGUAUGAUACUGGAAUAACUUAGACCAAUCAACCACCCCACCUCACCCUUAUUGUGAAUUUUGAUGAAUAGCACCUGAUUGGUUACCUCUUUCAUGAUACUGGUUAUAGGUUUUUCUGGUAUCAUGUCAUUCCAGUAUCAUAGUUGAACCCGUUAUGUCAUCUUUUUAUGACUUUUAGUUCUUCAGUGUAUGAUACAUGAUUCUCUUCUCGAUAUCAUUGUUUGUAUGUCUGCAUAUGUAAAAAUGUGCUUGGACAAGGUUCCAAGAGCUUCAGUGAAAAACAAGUUUGGAAAACGAUGGUUUUGGAGGUUAUA